AUGUGGAACUCCCUCUUUGGAUCCAAGGCUGAUGCGACUGCCAAGAGCCCGGCGGGCACCCCCGAGGGUGAGAAGCGCAAGGCGGGACCGAUGAGGGCGUUGGACCAGGUGAGCGCGGAGAACUACCUGGACGUGGGCCGUGCCAUGGUUGCCGAGUUCGUGGAGACCGUCCAGGGACGGCCUGAAGAUGGCUGGCAGCUGGCCAAGACGCAGGACGGUGUCACCAUCCACCGCAAGGCCACCGCUUCGUCCGACAUCAACCGACUUCGAGGUCAAACCACGAUCAACGUGGCGCCCGAGAAGGUGUUCGAGGCCCUGGUGGACUCUACGCACCUCAAGUACGUGGACCAGCUGUACAUAAGCUCCAAGGUCUGCGAGCAGUUCCCCUUCCCACUCUACCCGCGUGACUUCCAGUGCCUGGAGGUCUACACGAAGGUGGACGACGAGACGUGGCUCGCCAUCGCCCGCUCGGUCGAUUCCGGCCAUGUGCCCACCACCGAGCAGUACGUGCGCGCCGACCUGCGGGCCUCGGGCUAUCAGAUCAAGGCUGUUGCUGGCAACCCCGACGCCUGCGUGGUAACUUACAUCUGCGAAUGCGACCCCUGCGGCUACCUGCCCAAGUGGGCCGUCAAUUUUGACGUCGAUCAGCCACUCGUGCUUGCCAAGAUCAAGCUGCUUCUGGAGAAGGGCGUCAAGUCCUUCAACAAGUGA